GCAAACGUCAAAUAUAAACCAUAUGAUAACCGGGCGAUAUUCGGAAAUAAACAUGAGUUUCUCGAAAAGAAAAUAAGAUAACCAAGUAAGUGAAAGGAAAAUGGAAAUUCCCAGUUAACUCGGAAUCGUUUAGAAAAUGCUUUCCAAACCGUCAACGAUUUUAUCAGUUUUUACGAGGACUUUUCAACAGUGUUAUCGAAGCCCUUUAUCGUGGAACAAUUACACUUUAUUAAAAUGCAACAACAAAUUGACCCGUUUCGAUUGCGAAAGGUUCUACGAUUGCAAACAAAAAAACAAAACCAUCACCAGGGAAUUUAAGAACAUCAUAGAGAAUCGCAGGGAGAAAUUGAAAGAGAGCGAACGAAAAUUCAAAGCGAAAGGCACGUUCAUUUUGCAAGAUAUCAGAGAAACCAGGGACAAAGUAAAGGGGAAAGUAGAAGAAAUCGUAGAACGAGAAAAUGUCUAUACAAUACCGAAUUUCUUAUGCGUAGCCCGGAUGGCUCUAUCGCCCUAUUUGGGCUAUUUAAUCACCCAAUGCCAGUUCGACGGCGCCCUGGCGGUUCUGGGCGUAGCAGCAGUCACCGAUUUGUUAGACGGCUGGAUAGCCAGAACGUGGAAGGGCCAAUCUUCGAAAAUGGGCAGCUUCCUGGAUCCCAUGGCCGAUAAAAUACUAGUAGGCACUUUGUUCCUUUCGUUGACUUACGUGGAUCUGAUACCGCUCGUUCUAACAUGUCUGAUAAUCCUCAGGGACGUCGCGCUCGUCGCCUCCGGAUUCAUCAUCAGAUACCUUUCCCUGCCUCCUCCUAGGACUUUGAGCAGAUAUUUCGACGUCACGCACGCCACUGUCCAAUUGGCGCCGACUUUUAUUAGUAAAAUCAACACGGCCGUGCAAUUGUUGUUGGUGGGGUCCACGCUGGGAGCUCCGGUUUUGAAUUACGUGGGACACCCGGCUUUAGAAUGUUUGUGGUACGUCACUGCCACGACUACAGUGGCGUCCGCUGUGAGCUACGUUCUCUCGAAGAAUACUUAUAAAAUAUUGAAAAAGACCAAAUGAUUUCGGUUUAAAA